AUGCCAUGCUGCGGACACGAGCACGAGGAAGCGCAGGCCGCAGCAACUCCUUGUAUGAUGUAUGACGGUACUUCGCCUGCAGCAACAGCAACAGCAACAGCAACAGCAACAGCAGCAACAGCAGCAACAGCAGCAACACAGAUGCAUGCACCAUUAGCAGCACUAUCCCCAACAACAACAACAGCAACAGCAACAGCAACAGCAACAGCAACAGCAGCCCUAUCCCCAGCAGCACCAACAGCACCAGCACCAGCACCAAAAGCAUCAACAACAACAACAGCAGCAGCAGCAACAGCACCAUCACCACCACCACCAUCAGCAGCAUCAGCAUCAGCAGCAGCAUCAGCAUCAGCAUCAGCAUCAGCAUCAGCAGCAGCAGCAACAUCAGCAGCAACAUCAGCAGCAGCAUCAGCAUCAUCAUCAGCAUCAUCAGCAUCAGCAUCAGCAUCAGCAGCAACAGCAGCAGGAGCAGCAGCAACAGGAGCAGCAGGAGCAGCAAACCUGUUUAAUAUUUCUAACAAAAGUAGCUGCCUUAGCAAGUGUUAA